AAAGAGGGGAGGUAAAAAAUUAAAGACCGCGGAGCAGCAAAGGGUGAGGUCUGCCGGGCUCAGUCAGCAUAGACAGAAAAACAGCCACAGUCAGGCUGGUUUGUUUGUCUCUGCUAUGAAGUGAGGAGCCCUGCGGUCUGCGGGACACAUCUGCUCACUGCUGCAUCUCUUCUCGGUGAAGGAAGCUGAAGGACCUUAGCGCCGCAUCCAGCGGAAUGGAGAGCUGCUGCUGACUGUGGAGCUCCCCUCAGAACAACAGGUCAUUUUCUUCCAGCUAUUCUUCCCCUUAAAUCUUUCAACAAACGACAAAGAGCUGGAGCCGAGACGGUCAAGCAUGGAUGUGCCCAGGAUGGCCGAGGGCCUCUUCAGCAGCACGCUGUCCUCGUCGGGUGGUGGCCAUCAUGUCCCCUCCUACCUGACGUUGGAGCAAAAGGCGGCAUUUGUCUUUGUGCUGCUGCUCUUUAUCUUCCUGGCGCUGCUCAUCGUGCGCUGCUUCCGCAUCCUGCUCGACCCUUACCGCAGCAUGCCCUCCUCCAACUGGACAGACCAUACUGAAAAAGACACCUUUGAUUACCGCAUUGUUUGAGGAAACCAAACACAUUAGGAACAUUUUUUUAUUUCAUUUAAUUGAUGCUUACAAAGCACUUUGACCCUAAGUUCAAAUGACUGUUCAUUCACUUGGGAAACUGAAGUUUUUUCUGAGUUCUGAAAGUUCAAAUUGAUUAUAGGAUCAGUGAUUAGUUGUGAUCAGUCUAACAGCUUCUUUCUACCAAACCGUACGGUUCUCGGCCAAUAGAUUCACACCAGAUCCAUAAUUUGAAGCAGAUCUUCGCACCACUUACUGAAAUAAUAAGAGCCAAUAAGGGUUCAGACAGGAAGUAAAGUCUGAUACUAAGAAGCAAGUUAUGCUCAAGUCACUAAAAUAGACUUUGGACUUGAUUUAGACUCAUGCUUUUAGGACUUGACUCAGAUGGAAGGUCUCAAACAAUUUCUGUCUUAUGUCAUCAUGGGUGACAGUGGCCUAUCAAGUGUUGAUUGGCUGAGUCACAGUAUACCCUGAUAAAGACUGACUAACAUAAUAAUUUAGCACAGAUUGAAAAUACCUUCUUUGCAUUAUUUAUGAACAAAAGGAGUUAAAUAUUGCAUUUGAUUUAUAAAUACAGUACCGUUGACAUAUUGUGGGUUUUUAAGAGUUCACCACUACCUGUUUGUGUUUGUUGCAGAACCAAUGAACUCUGAAAUGACUUAACUUAGGCGUGAAAUAAUUCUCUUACAAACAUCAAUUUAAGAACCUUCGUGGUUCAUAAGAUAAAAGCACUCCCUGUUCGAUUCAAUUGGAAGUUUUGAGAACAUGAACCUUUUUUACCUAAUUUUUUUGCCUUUCUUUGAAACAAACAUAUUUGUAUUUUUAAUGGGAAAACAUUUUGACCAACUGAUUUUCAAAAUGAUAAAAUGAUUAAUAUUUUUGCAUAGUUUGAUUGAAUAGUGCAAAAUAACAGGCUUCAGAGUAAUGAUUUUAACUCAUAAGCUAAGGCAGGUCUGUAUUUAGGACAUAUCACUGCAUGGAUCCUGUGUUAAUAUUGGUCAUUAGAAACUAAAGCCUAUUUCAUCAAAGCCUGGAGAUUUGAUUUGCAAUGAAAGACUUGAGACGUGACUUUGACCUACACUU